AUGCAACGGAAACUUGUUAGGUAUGCGCUGGCUACUGGUAGAUCACUUCAUAGCUGCAGAAGGCUAGGAAAUUCGCUGGGUAUUGACCGGUCAGCUGAGAAUAACUUGAAGACCGAAACGAACAGACUUUCAAAAACACUUACGAAGUUUUGGGAAACCGUAGGAUUGGAAACAGUUGAUGGACAAGUGACUGUGCAAAUUGAUAAUAAACCAAUCCGCACUCCUUUAGGGAAUCCUUUGCGCGUUUCUUCGAACCGUCGCACGUUGGCGCAUAUGUUACGUGAUGAGUGGGCAAAUUUACCAGAUUUAUCGAUUAAACCUCAUUCUCUUCCACUGACUUCGAUUGUAUCCCGUUGCAUUGAUUUAGCACAAGCUAGUGAAGCAGGUACGGACCCUGAUGUUGUUGCUAAGGUUGGUGGUGACCGCACUGUGGUGUGCGAGAUGCUGUUACGCUACCUUGACACUGAUACCUUGCUAUGUCUGUCUCCUAAGGCAGAGUACGAAGGAAGAUUGAGAAAGGCUCAGGAGAAGAUGUACAUUCCUAUUAUUUCCAGAGUAGAGCAACUUCUCGGUAAAUUCAGUGAGGAGCCUAUUAGAUUACAGCUUUUAGAUGCCGACAUUCACGGUCUAACAGGAAACAAGCAGACAGAAGCAGUGCGGACGGCAGCUAGAAACUAUCUUAAACAAUUAGAUGUCUGGGAUGUUGCUGUUUUUGAGAAGACCGUUUUGACUACAAAAUCGUUCAUCUGUGGGAUGUUGUUACUAGAGAAUAAGUCCUCAACGAAGAGCGAGAUGCUUCCCAUCACUAUGGAAGAAAUUGCACAGGCAGCUACAUUAGAAACUAUUUAUCAAGUGGAAAAAUGGGGAGAGGUUGAGGAUACACAUGAUGUUGAGAAACGUGACAUUAGAAGAAAUAUUAACGCUGCUGCAAUGGUUGCAUACAAGGAAUAA